AUGAAGCCCCCUUCCACGCUCCUCUCUCAAGCCGCGGGCGCAUCUUCGCGGCGGCACCUCAGCCAUACGCCCAUCGCGGCUGCCGUCACCGCCGCCGCAUCCUCCUCGUCGAGCGCCGCCUCGCCGUCGUGCCCUGCCUCAUCAUCGUCGAGCGCCGCUUCGACCUUCAACGGCUGCCUCCGUCCCCUUCCAGCCAGCCAACUCGCAUCGCCCUCGAGAUGCGCCUCGAUCUCGCAGCCGCAGACCUUCUCCGCCCUUCUCCGUUCCCACCCAGGCCCCAGUCGUGGCGCCACCCUCAUCCUCUCCAAUCGCAGCUUCUCCUCGUCUUCCUCGUCGAAAAGACCACACGCCGAGCAGCGCGGUCCAAGAGCUGCCACGCUCGCCGCCGCCCCGCCUUACGGCCGCAUCGCAGCUGCCAUCGCAGCCCUCAGCAUCGCAGCAAACCUCUACCUCCUCUCCAACCCAUCCUCUCCACCUUCCUCUGCGAGAUCCAACAACGCCGGCGCCUACCUCUACGCCAACCCGACGCUCAAGCACGAGUACGGAUCCGCCGCUGACUUCACCAGGGGCAUCCAAGACCUCAAGGCCUACUUUGCCAAGGAGACCGGCGGCGCAUGGCAAGAUCACGUCAGCCAGGACGACGACGAGCUCGAGAGAAAGGGCUACGACGAGAACGGGCACCGCGUCGACUCGGAGGGCAUGCGUCCCAGCGUCGUCGUCUGGCCCCGCCACACCGAAGACGUCGUCGAGAUUGUCAAGAUCGCAAACAGGUACAAGAUGCCGCUGGUGCCCUUCAGCGGAGGCACGUCGCUCGAGGGUCACUACACGGCGCCGUUUGCGGGCAUCUCGAUCGACAUGUCGCGGAUGAACAAGAUCCUCGCCUUCCACCCGGAGGACGGCGACAUUGUGGUCCAGUCCGGCAUCGGCUGGGAGGCGAUCAACUCCUUUCUCGCUGCCGAGGGGCACUCGCUCUUCUUCCCGCUCGACCCGGGCCCUGGCGCCACGAUCGGGGGCAUGAUCGGCACCGGCUGUUCCGGCACCAAUGCGGUGCGGUACGGAACGGCGAGGGGCGAGCACUUCCUCAAUAUGCAGGUCGUCCUGCCCAACGGCGAGGUCAUCGACACGCGCGGCGGCAGGAGGGCGCGCAAGUCGAGCGCCGGCUUUGACCUGGGCCGCAUCCUGGUCGGCGCCGAGGGGACGCUGGGGAUCGUGACGCAGGCGACGCUCAAGCUGCAGCCGCGCCAGCCGGCCAGCGGCGUGGCGUGCGCCACGUUUGACAAUGUCGAGAUGGCGACGCGCGCCGUCAACGAGAUCCUGCUGCGCGGCGUGCCCGUCCAGUGCAUCGAGCUGCUCGACAACGAAAUGAUGCGCGCCAUCAACGCCAGCAACCUCUGCGGCCGGAGCUACGACGAGCGCGACAGCCUCUUCUUCAAGCUGAGCGGCGGCCAGCGCGCCGUCGAAGAGGCAAAGGCCAUGAUCACCGAGGCCAGCCUCAAGCACGGCGCCAAGAAAGAGAGCAUCGAGUUUGAGGUCGACCCGAAAAAGGCUGACCAGAUAUGGCAGGGCCGCAAAGAGGCGCUGUGGGCCGUCACUGCGCGGUGCCAGAAGGACAGCGAACGGGUGUGGACGACGGACGUUUGCGUCCCGAUCUCGGCCCUGCCACGGCUGGUCCGCGAGACGCAGGCCGACCUGCGCUCGGUGGGCCUCACGUCGUCGUGCGUAGUCGGCCAUGCGGGCGACGGCAACUUCCACGGCCUGAUCCCCUUUGACACGGCCGAUCCCGAGUCGGUCAAGGCGGCGACCGAGGCGGUGCGGCGCAUGUGCCUGCGCGCCCAGGACCUCGACGGCAGCGUCAGCGGCGAGCACGGCAUCGGCAGCGGCAAGGUUGAGUUUCUCGAGCGCGAGCUGGGCGCCGGCACCAUCCGGCUCAUGAAGGCCGUCAAGCUCCUCCUCGACCCGCACAACCUCAUGAACCCGGGCAAGCUCUACCCAGAGUGA